CCCAUAAUAGACUCGCAAAACGCGCCCAAAGAGACCAAAAAGUUUGCGUUCGUCUCCCUGUCCCGGGAGGACAUCCCACGGCCCGCCACUACACUACUGCCCGCCGACAGUAUCAUACGGUGCGGCGCCGACACAACGUCGCCGUUCAAUGGCGAGGAGGCGCCCCACACAUCCCUGUCCACCAUCACCACCACCGGCGGCAACGCUAACGCCGUGAACACCAACACCGGUAGCGCCACAACCGCCAACCCUCUGGUCACGAGUAGUAGCAGUAGUGAGGCGGCGGCGUCCGGUGGCGUGUCGUUCACGGCUGCUAUGGCACCGGGAGGUAGCGUUAGUACCGGCGCCGGUAGUUCAGUGGACAGCUGUGACGACAGUAACAGUCAGUCGGCGUUCGUUUUUGGCCAGAAUUUGGCCGAAAGGGCUGUUUUCGUGCAGAACUCGGCCCAAAAGCACGGGGCCGACCCUCGCGACGAGACUACCGGUGCCGUCAAACGCGUUAAGACGGCCGCUGACGGCGUGGCCGCACCGGGCGAUGACUUAAACGGCGAUGUGGACGGAGCUACAGGCGCUGCCUCGACGUCGUCGGCAACCGAUGGUGUGUUGGACUUGUCUUCCAGUGGCGGCGCCGGUAGUAGUGAGCCCUCGGAGUCCGAUAGGAAUAGCGCCGAAAAUAAGCGCAAAUACGAAGUGAAAGUGAUUACCGGAGAGGAAGGGUUAGGACAGGCACUGAUAGCACCGGCAGAUGAGCAACACGUGCUGUCAAUGCACUGUCGGCUAUACGCGUGGGAAACGGACACCUGGAGGGAGAGGGGACGGGGAUGUCUGCGCCUAAACGACGUGAUUAAGGACGAGAAGCUGUGCUCAAGAAUUGUGAUGCGGACGUCCGGCGCCCUACGUGUGAUACUGAACGCACACCUGGUGUCGGGUAUGCGGUUCGACAUGUCUAACGAACAGUGCCUUCGGUUCACUAACGUGGACGGCAUAUACCUCAUCAAAGGCGCCCCCAAAGACAUCGACCAACUAAACAGUGCCGUCGACUACCGGUUGCGAGAGAUAUUGAAACGUUGCGCCAAAUCGGAGGCCGACUACCCGUCCGGUGCUGUAGGCGCUGGCGAUGAUGACGACGACCAGCACCGGGACAAACACCGGCGGUUAGGCGGCGACAGCCCCUCCAGCCUAUCGCCCCCACCGUCGAAGGGGUCGCCACCUGUGGGUGGACUCGAGAGCACUCAACCCAUGGUAGACGACUCCAACGAUAGCUAAAAACUACUGUUCCCUUCGCCACCACCGCUUCCCUCCCCGUAGCCAUCGAUUCAUUUAUAUACUUCAUUGUCAGUACGACUUCCCGCCCCCUGCUCUCCCUCCCAACUCCUCUAUAAAUUCAUAAAUGCAUUGAAUAAGUAAUAAAUAAAUUGUUUUUUAUUUGAAAUAAAA